AUGCAGGUGCCAUUUACGCAGGCAGUUGGAAAGGGAACAAACGGUCGGGAUUGGGGCGCCAAGUUUGGAGGGACGGUACCGUCUACGAGGGAGAGUGGAGAGAGAAUUUGCCCUACGGGCGAGGUCGCUUCGCUCUCGCUAACGGUGACGAAUACAUCGGCCAGUGGAAGGAGGGACUCGCGUUUGGGGUGGGCAUCUUUCAAUCCCACUGUGGAAUCACGUACGAGGGAACGUGGGUCAGGCAUUCGCAGCGCAAACAAAUGCAAUGGCUUUGGCUGCUAUCUCGAUGCGUCCGGGAACAACACAUACCACGGCAACUGGAGGAGAGGAGAGAUGGAUGGGUUUGGAGUCUUUUCGUGGGCCAAUGAACGGAUCUAUGAAGGAGAAUAUAGGAAGGAUGAAAAGUUCGAUCGGUUUAAUUGCCACGCUUGCUGCAUUGGUUGUUCAUGCCCACGCGUAUGGAAUUCUCAUCUGAGAAAGAUCUUCACGGACGUGUUUUUGGAGCGUUAG